AUGCAUUCUUCAAGCUUCUUAGCCCUCGCCCUCGCCAUCUGCGGAGGUGUGGUCGCCGUGGCCGUCCCAUCUAAUACAGCCCCGAUUCCGCCGACCCCGGUUGCCGAGUUUGCAGCUGCCGCUACGCCAGACUGCACCUCGAUCGAGGAAUACUGCAAGUGCAAGGACGAUGAUUUCCAAUGCGAGACCAACCUGAAUUGUGAAUGGUGUCGUGACCACAACGCUUGGGGCGACGAGAACCCAACGUCAUCGUCGAAGGCUUAAAGCAGCUGGCUCCUAUCAUUAUCUAUCUUCUUG